GUUUUUAUCAGCUGUCGUUUUUCUUCUUCUUGAAAAAAAAAAAAUAAAACGCAACGGAUAGCAAGGAAAACUUGGAAAAGCAUAGAGUAGCUAGCCCCAGUGCCGAGAAUCGUGAAGUGUAUGCGAUGGAAUGACUUAGUCCAGGACCAAUAGCAAACCGAAUCCAGCGUCUGGCAACGAGAUGACGGAGAAAGACGAGAUGGCCAACGGGGGCAGCAACAGCAAUUGCCAGGCCCAACUGCAGCUGUGCGUGCGUGGAAAUGUGUCAUGGCAGCAGCUGCCCGUGCAUCUGAGAUCGGUGCUGCACAACAAUCAGCGCGACUACGAGAAGUUCGUGUUCAACUACAGCCUGAAGAACCAGCUGCGCUUUCGCGGCAACCUGGCUUCCAAGGUGUUCCGCAAGGAGCAGCGCUACUACGAGCUGCUCAUCCAGAAGAACAUCAACGGGCUGGGGGUCUUCCCCUAUCACCUCACGGACAUUGUGACCAAGGGUCUGCGCGUCACGCCCUUCAACUACUAUCUGGAUGUGCUGAGCCAGCUGCUGCGCAGCGACAAGAGCUACGACACGCUGCCCAACUUCACGGCGGCCGACUGUCUGCGCGUGCUGGGCAUUGGCCGCAACGAGUAUCUGGCCCUGAUCAGCGAUCUGAAGACACACACCACGCGCACGCUGCUGUUCAGCGCCAAGCCCAAUCCGCAGGACUUCUUGCCGCGCUUUCCCGUGCCGGUGCACAUCGAGCCCUGGUGGCGCCUCGACAUCGGCUACGUCCUGGAGUCGGACAUUCGUUAUGUCUCCCCGCCGGAGCGCAGCCUGCUCGAUGAUCUCAUCGAUUUCGGUGCUCAGCCGGCGGGCAAAUGUGACUACAAUGUGGUGCACAGUCUCUACCGCAAGGGUCUCAUAUAUCUGGACGUGCCCAUCUGCGGCGAGGAUCGCAUCUCAAUUCCCCCGCUGCGGAACUUUGUGAUGAACCGCGUGAGCGGCGACUACUUUGAGAAUCUGCUGUACAAGAUCUUCGUGAGCGCCGACGAGCACAUGACCAUCGCAGAGCUUGCCCACAUGCUGCAGCUGGAGCUGGACAGUGUGAAGCAGGCGAUUUCCUUCAUUUGUCGCCUGGGAUUCGCCCAUCGCAAACACGAUGCGGGGCAGGACCAAGACCAGCAGCCAAACCAUCCCAGCUGGGAUGGCUGCAAUCUGCAGCAGCUGCCACAGACGCCCCAGAUAACGCCACUCAAUUACAACCUGCAUGCCAGCAGCUUCGACUUUGACCAGCAGCAACAGCAGCAGCAGCAGAGUCCCAAGUCCCCCAAGACGCCAAAGACAGCGUCACAGCAUCAGGAAAGGGACAAGGACAGCAGCUCGAUUGGCUACCUCUCCUCGGAUGGGAACACCAGCGACUUUAGCUUUGCCAAUCUGAACACCACGCCGACGGGCACUGGCCCAAAUGCCAACAACAGCGACGAGCAGGAGCUCAGCUCCGAGCUGGAGGAUGUGAGUGAACGCACCACAACCAUUCAUUCCAAGCUGCCCAUGGCCGCAGCUGCAACAGCGGCGGUGGUUCCCAAGAGCGGCAAGCGCAUGGGUUUCCUGUUCGACUCGACGCUCACCGCCUUUCUGAUGAUGGGCAAUCUGUCGCCGGGACUGAAGAACCAUGCGGUGACCAUGUUCGAGGUGGGCAAACUGUGCGAGGAGAGCAUGGACAGUUUUCUGACCGAACUGGAGCAGGUCUCACUGCUGGAUGCCGAGGGCGAGGGUGAUGUGUCCAGGUACUUUGCGCAUGCCGUGAUCCUCAGGUCGACCAUCUGCUCGCUGCGGAAUUUGGUGCCGGGCGGCCUCGAUCUGUUGCGGCUGGAGUGCCUCGAGGGACUCGAUAGGCAGACGCGCGAUCGUGUGCUGGAGAAGAAGUACAAGUUCAUCAUUUCGGCCUCGCCCCUGACGGCUGCACUGAGCCACACCUUUAGCAUUCCCUUCUUCGGGCAAUUCCUGCGCAGCUCCGAUGUGGCGCCCAUGUGGUGCAAGCUGUUCUUCAAUCAUAUCACAGGCUAUGGUCCGCCCAGUUUGCUGCUGUGUCGCGGCACUGUGCUGAAGACGCUGCCACGCCUCUUUCUGGGCUAUGGCAAGCUGCUGGUGAACAUUUUACACUCGGACUCGUACGUCCUCAACUCGGAGAGCUUCCGCAAUCUGAACGAGCAGCUGAAGAACGGCUGUGUGCUGCUCCAGGGCUAUGGCAUCCGCUGUCCGGGCACCCUCCACUACGAAUCGUUUCCAUUCCAGCCCACUGAUGGGCGACAAGUCAAAUGGUCGGCCCAUAGGGCCGUCCAGAAGCUGAACACACUGCUGGACCUGCGCCAGCAAUGCGGCUACAUCACAUUCCUGAACACGGGCGUGCCCGAUCUCGGCUGCGAGGAGUACGAGCUGCAGGUGAGACUCAGGCCGCCACAGCGCAAGCGCUCCUCGCUGCCAGCCAACAAGCUCAGCAACCCAGUGCCAACCAGUGAGGCGACCACACCCGCCACGGAGCUGACCAGCUACCAGCUCAAGAGUCCUGACGAGAACCAUUUUGCGGCCACGCCCGAACACGGACCGGCCAAUGAGUUCACGUCGCCCGACUGCAGCCAAGUGCUGGCCAGCGAACUGGCCAAAUGCAGCCAAAGCCAGUCGUCCCGUCAUGCCAGUCGCGCCGAUCUGCUCUCGCAGAGCUCCGUGGAAAUACCCAUUGCCCUGGAGGACGGAGCCGGCGAGCCAGAGGCCGUCACAGAGGAGUGGACACUGCUGGAUGUCAAUUUCGGGGUGCCGCUCUUCGAUGUGGACACCAACACAAGGAUUUGCGAGCAGCUGGUGCAUGGCCUGUGCAUCGACUCCAAUCUGGAGGCACUGUCCGGCUCUGCACAGCAGACUCGGGCGCUUUUCCUCGAGUUUGUGCGACAGUGUCUGUAUUUUGAGGAGGAUUCCGCGACGCCAGCGCAGCUGCUUGAACCGCUCCAGGCGUCCCGGCCACUGCCCCAUCCGCGCAUCAAUCUGGCAUUCGAGAAUGGACACGUUUGCUAUUGGAAUGGGCGUUAAAGUAGCGCUACGCUACCCAGCAGGCCCCGCCCACAGUAUAUGUCCAGUCCACGCUGGACUAAAGAGUAUUCUUCUGUGUACUUUCCAAGUCGCUUAUCAGUUCCGUUUCUGUACAGUUCCGAGCCGAUACGCGAUAAAGCUUUUACCUACACAACACACAUCCCAGAUUUAUAUUUAUGUAUACGUAUAUACGACUAUAUAUCCGAUAAUAUAGUAUGCCUAGCCAUCAACCGUGUGGUGCGAUUAGUCACCGUGACGUCCAGCCCGGCCCGGCCCGAUACGCCAGAAGGUUUUCGUUUGUUCGCUUUUUUUAUUAGUUCUGUAAGUUACCCGGGGAGACAACAAGAUUGGCAACAUGCUUUCAGAGGCAUUGGAACCUUAUACCAAUAUGCAUGCAUACUUAUAUAAAAUGCAUAACAAUAUAUAUAAACACAUCCCUAUAAAUGUAAUUGUGUCUGAAUAA